ACAGGAACCAUAGGAAGGAAGGCGAAUAAAUCAAGAUGGCGUUCCACUAUGAAGCAUGAAAGAGAUUUCGAUUCCAAUAACAUUUAUUUUAAUAUAAAGUUUGAAGAAGGUGUCUUUGCUUUGAGGUGUACGUACGUUUUUGGAGAAGCAAGACGGAGCAGAUAAUACGGACUCUAAAUGGCUGCGAGGAAGUCUGAUACCCACAACAAUGGACCCAUCAGCUACCUUGAUGACGUUCCCUUUAAAAUCAACGAUAAGUUCCGCUGCCCUGCCAAAGUGGGGCUUCCUGUUGGCUUCUGCCUGCCCGACUGUCUCUCUGUGCUCGCAGACCUGCAGUAUGACUUCUCCCUGGAGAGGCGGAGUGUGCGCUGGGGGGCUGAGCUGGCUGAGGCCAGGGCGGCGGAGGCCCGAGCUGCAGAGGUGGCCAGGCUGGUGUUGGAGAGCAAGGAGCACUCACCCCCCGCACAGGACCCUGACGGGGGAUUGGCCGGCGGGGGCAAGAGGCCUCGCCCCGCCGAGGAGCAGGACGCUCUCCCGCCCGCAUUGAAUCCGCUGAUGGCCUCACUGCGCCACAACGCCAUCCUCACCCCGCUGCCCGCGCCCGCCAGGCAGACCGCUCCCAGCAUCCCGGAGCCACAGUAUCUUAACCUGGCUGACUUUGAGCGCGAGGAGGACCCCUUCGACAAGCUGGAGCUGAAGACGCUGGACGAUAGGGAGGAGCUGCGCAACAUCCUCCAGAGCCAGCCCCAGCAGCAGUCUGUAUCCCCACCUGAGGAACCCCAGCCCGAGCUGGCAUCGCGAGGCAGCACGCCUCCACCCCAACUCCCCGCCACCAGCCUUCCGGMCAAAACGGCCUUUUCCCUCAACGGGCUGGUGGCGCAACUGGACAUGGACAGAGCUGGGGGUCUGGCCCAGGGACGGACAAUGGACCCAGACCGGCCCUGCAACAUCCGCUCGCUGACCUUCCCCAAGCUGUCGGACCCCGGGGAAUUGUCAUUUGACUCCUACUCUCCAGCCCCUGUACCACCUAGCCUAUCCACCGGCAGCCCACCGGCACCCCAGCAGAAGACAGAGGAGCCACCCAGGCACACCCAAAAUGGGGCACCAAAGCAGAUAAAUGUAGGUCCUCUCCCGUGCGGAGCGGCACUGCUCAACCUGUCUCCCAGUGGGCGGCAAUGUGUGGAGACCAUCGUGUCCAUGGGGUACUCCUACGAGGGGGUCCUGCGGGCCAUGCAGAGGCGAGGCCAGAAUGUGGAGCAGGUGCUGGAGUACAUGUUUACUCAUACACGUCUUUGUGAGCGGGGAUUUGAGCCCAGUGCCGUAGAGGAGGGCUUAGAGAUGUACCAGUGCUCUGAAGAGAAGGCCUUAGAGUUCCUGUCGCUGAUGACGCGGUUCGGCGAGAUGGGCUUUGAAAGGGACACCAUCAAGGAGGUGCUGCUGGUGCACAACAACGACCAGGAAAAGGCUCUGGAGGACCUCAUGUCCCGUGCCGCAGCCAGCUGAGUCCCCCCCCUUUAACCAUCCACCCACAUGCUCCUUGCUGGCUUCCUCACCCCCCCCCC